CCUGUCCAGGGAUGGUGAGGUCGGCACAGGUGUCCUCGGUGCCUCCUCCGGGCUGACCCUGCGUGAAGACAUGGAGAGCGCCCUCACGGGGAGCCAGGGCUCCCAGGCCUCUCUGCGCGACGUCCAUUCCAUCAACCCUGCCCAGCUCAUGGCCAGGAUUGAGUCCUACGAAGGAAGAGACAAGAAAGGCAUCUCUGACGUCAGGAGGACUUUCUGUUUGUUUGUCACCUUCGACCUCUUAUUCGUAACGUUACUGUGGAUAAUAGAGUUAAAUGUGAAUGGGGGUAUUGAGAACACAUUAGAGAAGGAGGUGGUGCAGUAUGACUACUACUCUUCUUAUUUUGAUAUAUUUCUUUUGGCAGUUUUCCGGUUCAAAGUGUUGAUACUCGCAUAUGCCGUGUGCAGACUGCGCCACUGGUGGGCAAUCGCGCUGACGACGGCAGUGACGAGUGCCUUCUUACUAGCGAAAGUGAUCCUCUCCAAGCUUUUCUCUCAAGGGGCUUUUGGCUAUGUGCUGCCCAUCAUUUCAUUCAUUCUUGCCUGGAUUGAGACGUGGUUCCUGGAUUUCAAAGUGUUACCUCAAGAGGCAGAAGAAGAAAACAGACUCCUGCUAGUUCCGGAUGCUUCCGAGAGGGCACUGCUGAUACCCGGCGGCCUUUCUGAUGGUCAGUUUUAUUCUCCUCCCGAGUCUGAAGCAGGAUCUGAAGAAGAAGCUGAAGAAAAGCAGGACAGUGAGAAACCACUCUUAGAAUUAUGAGGACAACUUUCCUUAAAUGUGAAAAAAUUUCAAUGAGGAAGAAAAGCACCACAGCCAGGUGUCAUCUGAUUGAAAAUUGAACGGUGACAUCCACUGCUAUUGAAUGGUUAAAAAGAACUUAUUUAUUGUAAUACCUCACAACACUGUACCAUUUCCACAUAUGUUCAGUUGCCUGUCUGUGGCUGGUAGGGCAAAGUAAUGACCCACCUGUCGAGUCAGUGAGACUGAGUCUCACUGGUGAAGAGUCGCAGAAAAACCCUGCGCUGCAUUCCUAAUCAAAGACUUCUCAAUGUAUGGGAGUAACAUUGUUUUCAGUAAGUAAAUUGUCUUCUUACUUGGAUUUGCAGAAUGAACUUCUUUAGUUUCAUGUCUCAGACUUAUUUUGUUUUUCUUUUUGUUAAUGCUCUACAUUUCCCUUGUGUUUUCUUAAAUUCAUGCACAUGCACUCUUUGUACAAUUUUAAAAAAUAAUAAAACCAACAUAUCAAAACCA